UCGACAUCGAAAUGUUGACGCUAUUGUAUACGCAAGAUCCUUUAGACUCGGUUUAUAUACAUGAUCCCUUUCGGCAACAACAACAAACGUGGGAAACGUUGCACUCUUUCUAGAAACCUGAAGGAAAGAAAUCAUGGAUGACGAAGCUGAGACUUACAAGCUUUGGCGUAUCCGUAAGACCAUCAUGCAGCUCUGCCACGACCGUGGGUACUUAGUAACACAAGAUGAAUUGGAUCAGACACUUGAUCAAUUCAAGGAGCAGUUUGGAGACAAACCAUCAGAGCGUCACCCUGCAAGAUCAGACCUGAUUGUGCUAGUAGCCCACAAUGAUGAUCCAACAGAUCAGAUGUUUGUUUUCUUCCCAGAUGAACCAAAGGUGGGGGUACGAACAAUCAAGACUUAUUGCACCAGGAUGCAGGAAGAGAAUAUUCAACGUGCUAUCAUUGUUGUGCAGUCAGGAAUGUCUCCAUCUGCCAAACAGGCUUUAGUCGACAUGGCACCCAAGUACAUCCUUGAACAGUUUUUAGAAUCUGAGUUGCUGAUCAACAUCACAGAGCACGAACUUGUACCAGAACAUGUGGUCAUGACAGCAGAAGAGAAAACAGAGUUGCUUCAGAGAUAUAAGCUGAAGGAUAAUCAGCUUAUGAGAAUCCAGGCUGGAGAUCCAGUGGCACGGUAUUUUGGCCUGAAACGUGGGCAGGUAGUGAAAAUUAUUCGACCAUCUGAAACUGCUGGACGGUACAUUUCAUAUAGACUAGUGGUGUGAUUUUUUCUUUUUUAGUUUAUAAGGCUUAUCUUUUUUUAUGACUAACAUGUUGCCCAAAAUAAAGUCAUGGUAAAAACAA